UACGAGAAUGCGUACACACUUCUCUCCACCCUUGCAUUGACAGAGAGAGAAAGAGAGGGAGAGAGAGAGAGAUAGAGAGAGAGAGAGAAUACCAUUAUCACUACUAAAUCAGAUUGUUGCCACGGUCUGAAGGGUGAGCUUUAAAGGUGAAAAACGGGAGACUUACCUUAAAUUACGUAUUACUGGGCACGUUUACAAUAAUAAUACUGAAGUCGGUUCACUACGAGACAUCCGUUAUUCCGUUAUUCUAGCCUUAAUUAUAAACGCGGAGACGGGGGAAACGCAAACAGCUGAAGAUGGAAGGGAUGGCGUAUGGAGCGGGGAAGGCGGGGGGCGCGUUCGAUCCCCUGACGUUUUUCCGUCAGCCCCAAACUAUUCUCCGAAUUGUGUCCUGGAUCUUUGCCAUCGUCAUAUUCGGCUCCAUCGCCAACGAGGGCUACGUGAACCGGCCCGACGAGGUCGAGGAGUACUGCAUCUUUAACCGCAACCAGAACGCCUGCAACUACGGCGUCUUCAUGGGCACCAUGGCCUUUCUGUGCUGCAUCGGCUUCCUGGCUCUGGACGUUUACUUCCCCCAGAUCAGCAGUAUCAAGGACCGCAAGAAGGCGGUGAUCGCCGACAUCGGGGUGUCAGCCUUCUGGUCCUUCAUGUGGUUCGUUGGCUUCUGCUUCCUGGCCAAUCAGUGGCAGGUGGCCAACCCAGAGGACAACCCCCUGAGGGAGGGCGGGGACGCAGCCCGGGCGGCCAUCACCUUCUCCUUCUUCUCCAUCUUCACCUGGGCGGGUCAGGCAUUUCUGGCACUCCAGAGGUUCAAGCUGGGGGCAGACUCCGCCCUCUUCUCCCAGGACUACGCCGACCCCAGCCAGGACCCGUCCGCCGCUGCUCCCUACAGCGCCUACCCCGGCGGGGCCGACAUGGGGGGUCCGGCUGGCACCGGCUACCAGCACCCCAACACGGAGAGCGCCUACGAUGGGUCAGCGGGCUACCAGGGACAGAACUACUGAGCGGAGUGAGGGUGGGGGGAGGGGAGGGGGCUGGAGGGAUA